GGGAACCUUACGCCUCAUAAAAUGCAGUGGAUGAAUGGAGGCGUUGUGUGGAUGUGUUCCCCAGGAAACGUGGCAGGCUAACGUUCUAACGUUGCAUUUUUACUAGAGGUGUCUGGAUAUUAGUUUGCGGGUAUUCGUCGACAUACUUCCGGUCUGAAAAACAUCGUCGCAGCCAAAGUCGGGUAGGGUUUUAAUGAGCGUGUUCAUAAUGGGUGUCGCCGUAAGAAAAAAAAUUAAUAUCAGCCGGAGCUGUUCGAGGCUGAGCUCUGGAAAACAUCUCUCGCUCUCCGACGAGAGAGAAAUUCCUGAGCAUGAGGUGUGGGGGGGGGGACCAAGCGAGGCGGUUUGUGCGGUGUUGGUUUUUAGGGCUCGCAAAUUGACCGCAGAACUCACAUUUUGCUGAGCAGCAGCGGUAAUGUUUCACCACAGCGCCCACGUGGUUCGCGUUUUAACUGCUCUCUGUGAAGGCAUGUGACCGAGUGCCGGGCGAGGCUGGGUCCAACCGAGUUUGCUCCGCUGUUCCUGCUCCUUGCAAAGCUUACAAAAUCUGGGCUCUCGGCUCAACCCGAUCCACCGGCACCGCCAUGUCCUCCUCCUCCUCUCUCCUGUGGCGCUGCUGUUGCUGCGUGCCUCCCGAGGGCACGCCAGACGAGAGGGAGCGGCUGGUCCACCGGGGCGGCUCGCUCAUCCCUGCCAACGAGCAGGCCGGCGACGGCGGCGACUCCGCCGAGCAGCCUCCACCCAACCGUGGGUCCGUGGUCUCCGCUCGCAAGGCGCGACCUCCUCCUGCUUCCGCCGAAGCACUUGACAGGCACGGCGGAGAGGAGGAUAGAGGGCGAGCGCUGACUGUGCGUGCGGUCGGGGUGCCUGACGUGGACUCCCGCGUGACGGACGCGGCGGAGACAUUCGCGAACCUGCAGGCCGAGCACAUGGGGGUCGCCCGCGCCCGGCAAGACCUCUGCAAGAGCGCGUGCUGCGGCAGUGCCGCCAGCCAGCACGGGCUUGCCGAGUGCCUCCGCAACCUGGAGCUCCGGCACGAGACGGAGCUUAAGAUGGAGCUCAAGGGCUACAACUUCUCAUUGGUGAUGAAAGACGGAGGCGUGGACAUGCCGACGAGCGUUCAGGAGGCUGCUCGACUCGUUUCCGAGUUGAGCACACGGGCGAGAGCCUUCCUGGGAAUGAGCACGCGGCUGGACGAGAUGAUGGCCGCCCUGCUGCGCACAGAGUCCACAAUCUCCAAGGAGGUUUCUGAAACCAACAGAGACUACGCGGACAACGUGCGGGCGCACGACAACAUGCAGAGGAGCCUGGCCGAGUUACGGCGGGGACGCAAGGACGUCGCUCGCUACAAGCAGGAAAUAAACAGCCUCUUGCUGCAGGUCGCUCAGAUAGCUGGGGUGAUGGAACAAGCUUCCGAAGACUAAGGAUCAGAUUUCUCACGUUGCAGAAUUGGCCAAACCACGCGUCGCCCUAAUCUUGGGUAGGUAGGAGUGGCAGAAACAACCGCGCUCACCGCGAGCACAGGAUAAGGGAGAGAAACCGAGAGAAAGGAGCGAACAGAAAGGGAGAUGAAGAAACACGGAGAAAUAAGCAGAGGAAAACAAAAAUCGGGCAUAUGGAGUCGGGGGGUCAGAGAGAAAUAGUAAAACUAGACGCACGUAAAGAGACAGAAAACGAGACAAUGAGACAGUGGGAGACGGAGGGAGAGACAUUGACAGAAAAGGCAGAGCGGAAAACAGGACUUGUUAUUAUGUGGUGGUGGGGGCGAUAAGACAGACUUGAUAAUUAAAAAAAACGAUUCAGCUUAAAUUGAUUCUGAAACAUAGACCAGAUACGUGGCAUUCAGUCCAAUAGUAAAAUGUGUUGUCCGGUGCACCCUUAAUUCUUGGUGUCGGAAACACCUUUUGGCAAAGAAAAAACAUAUUUGGCUGGCCAAUAAUAUGGAAUGAUCACAAAUGUGAUAUAUUUUGCUAUUUUAUCCUGUUAUAUUCUACGUAAUCAUAUAAUUGUAAUGCAGCUACCUUAAGAACUCCUGCACAAGCAUAAAUGAAAACAUUCUUUGAAUUUAAGUACUGAAUACCAACAUUCAGUCUCGUAAAUAGGUAUUGUUGCAAAUAAACCAUGUCAUUUUUUUCAUAACAGGUCCCUGCAGGGUGGGCUGGUAGGACAAGUCUCUGCGCUGUCUAUUUCUGAUUUUACACCCAACAGCACGAGAUUUCACUUCGUUAAAGUAUUGAAAGGGGACGGACACAUUAAUCUAUUGCAGGCUGGUACACUCAGUUUACAACUUCGUUCCUACCAGUAUUAUAUACACUUUGUAUGUUUUAUUCGAUCAUAAGCUUAAAGUUUUGCACAUAAUCAAAAAUCGGAAUUUAAAUGUACCCCACAAUUGGGUUGUGCAAAUAAGUGCGUAAGUUAUAUUUGUUAGCACUGCAUUAACCCAACAUGAAAAAAAUAUUUACUGGAAACAUAUCACGUGUCACGGCUUUUAUUUCAUGAUAAAAUAAACAUUCCAGGGUUA